AUGUAUCAGCCACUCUUGUUCUGCGUCGUCUUCCUUUCAAGCAUUUUUUCACUUAUCCACGCCCACUCAGCAGUCCCGGGAGCUAGUCUCAACAAUUGUCAGAAUCUGGAAAGGCUCAACCGCACCCUCCACCACGUCUCCCCGAUCCUUGAGAGACUCUCUCAUAUUAGUGCGGACAAUGGCAAGGCAGUAGCGCCCGCUCUAAAUAGGACCGUCGGCGCCACCCAUAAAAGAGGUCUUAGCGAUAAACUCCAACAAAUCCAAUCCGCAGAGGCGCUGCUCAAGAAAUCCAAGGACAAAGUCUUGAGUAAGAUGACGACCUGCCAAGAGCCUAACUCGGGCGCAAACAAUGUAUUGCAAAGCACUAGGCGGGAUGAUGAGGAAAAGUGUACACUUGACGAAGUAUUGGAAGAAUUAUUGGACGAGGUAACCGAUGCGCUGGAGUGUCUGUUGUCGGUUACGUUUCCGUUGUUGGGGGGUGUGGUGGAUUUGGUGUCCAAUAUGCUAGGUGGAAUUGUGAAUUUGGUUGGCGAGUUGCUUGACCUUGAUUAA